AAAACUCACAAUAUUAUUCUUAUUUCUAAUCACUUCGAAAUCGAAUCUCUCUCUCUCGCUCUUUCUCUCUCUCUCUAUAGCUUAUACUGAAAAUAAUGGAAGACCAGUACGGAGGGAUACCAGCAGAGUUCCGGCAGCUGAUGGCGGUGAGGACAGAGCUGCAACAACCACAGCCGUUGAUUUCGCCAGCUCAUCACUUGGGAGAGGCGCCGUAUACCGUUCACAGUAGUAAUUACCAGCAGCAGUACUCUUACGGCCAAACGUCAUCCUUGUGUGGCGUCGGGUUGGUGGAGCAUCAGUUCGGGUCGGGUCAACAUAUUAAUAUGAGUGGGUCAAACGGCGUCGCAUUGUAUCAUGAUUUGGAGAGUAGUAGCGGAACUGGUGGAUUAUGGAUGAGUAGUAGUAAUACUAAUAAUAAUAUGGGGAACUAUGAUAACAAUAUGAUGAACACAACAAGAUGGCCCAGACAAGAGACGCUUACUCUUCUCGAGAUUCGAUCUCGUCUUAAUCCAAGGUUUAAGGAUACUAAUCAGAAAGGUCCUCUUUGGGAUCAAAUUUCUAGGAUAAUGGCGGAGGAACAUGGGUACCAGAGGAGUGGGAAAAAAUGCAAAGAGAAAUUUGAGAACUUGUACAAAUAUUACAAGAAAACCAAGGAAGGUAAAGCUAGGAAACAAGAUGGGAAACACUACAGGUUCUUUCGUCAACUAGAAGCCAUUUACGGUCAUGAUCAAAAUUCCAAUAUUGAUCAAUCCCCACUACUUGUUGAUCAAACCCAUCACAUUAUUAGACCAAACUCUCUUCUUUAUCAAUACCCCAAUAAGAUCUCUGAUCAUAAUAGCCUUAAUAGUUUCUCCAUUAAUAAUUCUAGUGACCAAUUUGAAACUUCAUCCUCAGACAACAACAUGAACAACAAGGAUGAAGAUCAGAAAAUGAAAGGCGUAGGAGAAAUUAGGGGGAAGAAGAAAAGCAGUUGGAAAGCUAAAGUAGAGGGGUUUGUGGAUUCACAGAUGAAGAAAAUUAUGGUGACACAAGAGAGUUGGAUGGAGAAAAUGUUUAAGAAUGUUAUUGAUAAACAAGAGAAAAGAGUAGCAGAAGAAGAAGAAUGCCGUAAAAAAGAGGUUGCUCGUGUUGAUGAAAAGAUUAAUGAGUUUUGGGCUAAGGAGAAAGCUUGGAUUGAAGCUCGUGAUGCUGCUGUAAUGGGAGCUUUCAAUAAAUUAACAGAUGGUAAAGGAUCUUCACUGCUACAAUUACCAUCUUUUCCUGAAAGAUCAUCAAACUCAUCAAAUAUUGUUAGAUGGAAUAAUGAAGAGGAGAUUUCAAGCUUAAUUGAACUCGUCAGAUCAUCAUCAUCAUCAUCAAGUACAAGUACUAAUUUUAAUUGCUUGGAAUUAGGUACAACAAGUAGUAAUAAUAGCACUACUAGUAGUGUUUGGGAGGAAAUAGCUUCGAAAAUGAGUUGUUUGGGAUUUGAGAGAAGUCCAAGCGAGUGUAAACACAAGUGGGAGAGUUUAAGCAUUUAUACUAAUAAUGAAAGUCACAAAAAGAGAAGAGAAGAAUUCAACACUACUGGGCGUUAUUCCGGUAAUAAUAAUAAUAAUAAUAAUAAUAAUCAAGAUUAUUAUAAUAAUCAUUGUGAGCUAGCUCUGAUGAAGCAAGAUGAUCAGCGUGAUCAUAGGAUUAUUACGGGACUUCGAUUGAUGGAUGAUACUACUAACACUUCAAACGUAGCUGCAGGCACAUCCCACAUGAAUAAUCCUACUAACUGCUUUAACCUUCUGUUUGGUGAGGAGGAAAACUUGUGGGAAAAAUAUGGCUCUUUGAAGCUCGGUAAUAAAGAUAGGCUAAACCAAUUAUGACAAGUAAGAAAUAUAUAUAUAUUAUUAUAUAAUUAUAUAUAAUGUGUGUGUGUUUCAGAUAAAUAUUUGUAGCUAGCUAUGUGAUUAGAAGUUGCUCUCUCAUCUCAUGAUCAUUAUACAUAAUUAAUUAAUUGACCUGUUUUUGUUUAAUUAGAAAGUUAUAUAUAUUAAUCUAAGCGUACAGAUUUACUGAUA